CUGUCAAACGACGUGCGCGUGCAGCUUGUAGCGACAACGACGCUGCGUGCGGCGAAAAAACGAAACUUUUCCGACAUCGAUCUAUCUACUGCGGUACCGUGCAGACGGCUUUUUCGAACAAAAUCGAUGAAAAAACGCGCUAUACGCGUUAUGUGGUGGUGCUAGUGCGUUUAAAUAUAAGGAGGAACCAUUUGUGCGUGAUAUAGUUAUGGUUUCAUGCCGAUUUCGUGCUUAGUGAAGUUACAUUGCUCCCAACAAGAAGUGUGGUGCUGAGUGUUGUGUCUGUGAAAUUCGUACGAAUUAUUAUUCUUCUUGGAUUCAAUUGCCGGUCGUGCAUGAGUGACCAGAGCCAAGAAUAACUUCGUACAUUUUUAUUGACCGACCCGUCAGCUGACAAUCCAAGAUGGCGGACACAGACACGGAGGUGAUACCGAACGGCACCGGCGGGCUCUCGGCCGAGGAGGAGGAUGAGAGGAUGAAGCAGCGGCCGGCUGAUAUCGAUGCUGACGUCCGCGAGAUGGAGCGGCGCAAGCGCGUGGAGGCGCUCAUGUCGUCGCGCCUGUUCCGCGAGGAGCUGGAGCGCGUGCUGGACCAGCAGAUGAGCGAGGGCGCCGACGCGCCGCUGCUGCAGCGCAUCAAGGAGAUGGUGGGCGGGCGCCUGCACACCGGCAGUCUGCGGGGCCCGAGCUGCGUGCUGCCCAUCAACGACAUCCGCGGCAUGGAGGGCGUCGGCUACGAGAAGGGCGAGAAGAUCCUGCGCUGCAAGCUCGCCGCCGUCUACCGCCUGGUCGACCUGUUCGGGUGGACUCAGUCCGGCGUAGGCAGCCAGAUCACCGCGCGCCUCAACACGGCCGUGGAGCAGGUGCUGACCACGCCGCGGGGGCUGCUGCCGCACGAGGUGACCGCGUCCUCGCUGGUGAAGGUGGACAUGCAGGGGCUGGUCGUGGACCAGGGCACCACCAACUUCCCCGUCAAUGUGCAGGGCUUCUCCAUCCACGCGUCCGUCCACGCGGCGCGUCCGGACAUCCGCUGCGUGCUGCACCUGCGCUGCGCGUCCGCGCUGGCCGUGUCCAGCUGCCGCGGCGGGCUGCUGCCGCUCACUGCCGAGGCCUGUCUGAUAGGGGAGCCGGCUUACUUGGCUGCUCCACCGGGCAUCCUAGACAACGAGGAGCGCGACCGAGUGGUCCGCAUCCUGGGCCCGUCGUCCAAGGUUCUGUUCCUGACCGGGGACGGCGCCCUGUGCUGCGGCCAGACGCUCGAGGAGGCGUUCCACCAGGCGCGGCAGCUGGCGUCCGCCUGCGACGUGCAGUUGAGACUCGGCGGCGUGCCGCGCGACGAGCUGCUGCUGAUCGAGCCGGAGAGGAGGAAGCAGAUCUACGAGGCGUCCCGCCAGCCGCCGGCCGACGGCGUGAAGUGGCGCGUCGGCGGCGAGGAGUUCGAGGCGCUGAUGCGUAUGCUGGACAACGCCGGCUUCCGCACCGGAUACAUCUACCGGCACCCGCUCGUUAAGAACGACGUGCCCAAGCCGAAGAGCGACGUGGAGGUGCCGCCGGCCGUGUCCUCUCUCGGAUAUCUGCUUGAAGAAGAGGAGAUGUACAAGCAGGGGCUCUGGAAGAAGGGGCAAGGCAUGAAGGUGGGCGAGCGCACGCGCUGGCUCAACUCACCCAACGUGUACCAGAAGGUGGAGGUGUUAGAGACCGGCACCAGCGACCCCAAGAAGAUCACCAAGUGGGUGGACGCUAACAACGAGGAGUGGGUUCAAGAUCAGUCGCCUGCGCACUCGAGCACUCCGCUCAAAAUCGACACUCUCCAGUUUGUGCCCAAGAACACUAACCCGAAGGAAUUCAAGGCUCUGCAGCAGCAGAUAAAGGACAACCGCCGCGCGGACAAGAUAAGCGCGGGGCCGCAGUCCCAUAUCCUGGAGGGGGUCACGUGGGACGAGGCCAACAAGAUGGCCGCCGAGGACGCCACCACCACGCAGACCGGCGACCAUGUCGUGUUGAUGGGCGCAGCCUCCAAGGGCAUAAUCCAGCGUGGGUACCAGCACAACGCCACAAUGUACUCGGCUCCGUACUCGCGCAACCCGUUCGACCACGUCACCGACCAGGACAUCGACGAGUACCGGCGCCGCGUCGAGGGCCGCCUGCCGUACGACACAGACCUGUCGGAGUCCGAGGCGAUCAGCGCCGCGCAGAUGACGUCUCCCGCUAGCGCGCCGUCUGAAACCGAGGAGGAAUCGCGUGACGAGCACCGCGUGCUAAGAAUAGAGACCAAGUCGGUGCCGGUGCGCAGCCAGCCGGAGGUGGUGCUUAGCGACGUGGACGCGACGGACUUCCUGCAAGCCGAGCGUACGCACGCGGACAGGACUAGAGAACACGAGACGUCGUCAGCUGUUUCCACGCCUAUGACGUCACCGGUGGUGAGCCACCGCGCCGUAGUGCAGCAUUCCGUAGUCAGAGGCGAGCACACGCUGAACGGAGACCACUCCGACGCACACCAGAGCACUUUCUCGCAUAGCAGUAAAGAGGGCUCCCCGUCCAAGGAGAUGUCGACGGAGGGCUCUCCCAAGAAGGACAAGAAGAAGAAGAAGGGGCUGCGGACGCCGUCGUUCCUCAAGAAGAAGAAGGAGAAGAAGAAGGACAAAUCCAGCACGCCCCAGCCCGCCUAGAGAUAAAGCAUCGUAAGGUCACUGCCAUCUCGCUUUCAAAAUACUUGUAAUUUAAUCGUAAGGUGACGCCUGCAUAGCCGUUCUAUAUAUUCUACUUUUAUUUAAUGUUAUAUUCAGCUAUUUUAUUCAAUUAUUAUCUGCGAAAAAUACUUUCAUUGGAGAAUGAAUAUUAAGCAUUUUUUCACGAAAAGUCUAUGAUAUUGCAGAUAUUGUAUUUUGAAUUAGUUUAAACUUGUUUGUGGCUUAUUAAUAUAAGUUUAAAUUAAUAUAUAAAUAUCUGUCUGUACUCAAUAGCUGAAUAUUAAUUUAAUAUUGUAUUGCACUUACGUGUUACGUUUUUUUAGGAUUUAAAUCUAUUAGGGUUUAGAUCUGGCUCGCAAAAAACACACAUAUUAUCAUUUAUGAUUAAUAUUAUUGAUAUACAAUAGUAUUUAUAUCUUCUCUAGGCGAGCUGGUUUGAAUUCAUAUUAGAAUAAAAUCGUUAUUCUAUGUUCAAAGUACAUUGGCAGAUAGUUACGUUAUUUUUUAUUUAUUUGACAAAAAAAUGCAUCAGAAUACAAAGUACUCAAAUAUUUUUUUAUACCUUGCCAAUUUACUUUUUUAAUGAAUUUAUUUUUUAUACAUUGCGGAUGUGUUGAUGCUAUUUUCAAUGACGUUUACUGGUGCAACCUAAUUAAGUUCUUUUUUAAAACGCAUGUAAUGCUUCGAAAACGGGGUCCAGUAAAAACAAAUGGAAAUAAAAAUCGGCCUCUUUGUCUUUUUUGUGUAAAAAAAUAGGGCGUUCCUAACAAGAGUACGCGUUACACUGUUAAAAGGGUCCAUUAUUAUUAUUAUUUUCAACAAAUCGGAACAAGAUCGACCCUGACGCAAUUUGACAUUACCUAGAAUAAGUUCUAGUGUUGUUAAAAUGACAAGUUGACUUAUAUGAUACGUUAUACCUACUAGAGUCUGUCUAAUGAUAGUAUGUACUGGCUUUUUAGUUGGAAAAGUGGAAAUAAUUCCAUAGUCAACGUUCCUCAAAAAAAAACAUGAACGGUAGAUUUUAAUAUAUCUUUUCUUUAAAUAUUUAAUCUGCCUAGUCGGUAUAUUCAAUCAUUAGUCUGACUCUAAAAACAUGAUGCUUGAAAACAGAUAAGUUUUGUACGUAUAGUUAAAACUUUGGUGUUUAAACAAGCGUCUUGUUAUUUAAAUAUUUUUUAAGCAUGUACUUUUUAGUGUAAAAACUAUGACACCGACAAUUUUAUUAAAUAUUAUAAUGAUAACGCAAUAUGUAUUUUGAUUAAAUAAAUUAUUAGUUUUACAAGAUUUUUUUUCUUUUUUAUUUCCUCUACUGUCACAAAUGUUGCCAGUAUCAACAACUAAUACUUGGCUUUUUCUCUAGUUGGUAAGUGAUUAUACUUUUAAAUGUAAGAAAAGUUAUAUGAUUUGUAUCUUGUAAUUUUAUUUUUUAAAUAUACGCUAUUCUAAAGAUAUAAUAUUGACAACAAGUUGUUUUAUUUUGUGUAGUAAUUAAUGUUGUUAAGGAUAGGUAAAACUUUACUGGAAAGAUAAACUAAAUAUUCGUAUAUAAAAUGUUAAAAAAAACCUGUAAAAAUGCAGGCUAUAAUUAUGCUAUUUUAUGUAAACUUAAUAAAAUUACACCUUUGAAGAUUUAAUUCCGGUAAAGUUUUAGAAACGUAUUUUCUAAGUAUAACUGACAUACGUGAGUGUUGCGUGGCUUUUGAUGGUAUAAAUUUUAUGAGGUUCCUGAACGGAAAUCUAGAAACGCAUCUAUCAAUGUGAGAUGGUGCUUUAUUUAAGGUUCUAGCACAUAAUGUCUGGAAGAAGCGUACCGGGACGCACAGCAAAAAUCGCUCCAGUAAACUUAAAAUGAACAACGGCACAGCUGGCCGCAUUUUCAUAUAAAAUACGAUUGCGAUGUGGCCUGGCACGCUGCUGUCUGACAUAAUGGAAUCUAACCUUUAAUUAAGAUAUAUUUUGCAUUCGCAACGUUAUCUUGUAUCUUUGCCUGUUUAGGUGCUAAUAAUGUGAACACAAAUUAUGUAACGCACUUUUGGUAGUACCUACGUAGGUUUCUUCGCCUACCGAACGCCUUGAGGAUUACUCUAAUUAUCUAAUUCAAAUACUCGUAGUCAAAUUAAUGCCCUCUAGUGGUACAGUGCGGCACUUCUCAGCGCAACAUUGAAGAGUAAACUUAACGGUGGUCGAGUGGUAAAAAAUACCUUUACUUAGGACCAGUUUUUUUUUCUUCUAAUUAUAUCAUUAUAAUUACCAAUCAGUACAAAUUGUGAACUUUAAAAAAAAGGGAAUUUUAAUUUACUUGUAUAAUUUGUACUUGAAUAUUCUGGACAAUAAAAUGGUACAUUAUUAAUUACUUUUUACGAGAAUAAGAAAAAGUAUUCACUGCCAUAGAAAAAGUGACUUCAACUUUACAUAAAGUAAGUAUAUCUAAGUACAUGCAAAGAUAAAUCGGUGAACAAUUAUAGGUACAUAAUCUAAAAGAUUUUCUCCUCAAUACAUAUAAAUUUGAAUAGUGUUAAAUUAUUCAAGUACACAUCUUGGAUAUCUUAAUAAAUGAUUCAUUUUAAUUACAUUUGCUACUGUUAACAGCGCCAUCUAGUGACUGUCGUAAACAUUCUCCCAACACUAACGCCAUCUACAAACAAAAUAUUAUGUUAAAUUUGGAAAGACUAUGAUUGCGCAGUAAUAUUUUGUCUUUGUCGUAAUAAUCUCGAGUGGUGACUGAACCGUUUUUGAUUUUGUCCAAUCGUAUUUCAGUCUUCGAUUUUGUAAAAGUCUAGAAGUUCAUAGUUUUAAAGUUGCGAUUUGAAAAAUCAGAAACGAUUUUGCCUUUUAAGUAAAAUUGAAUAGACACGCAGGCUUGAUAUGCAAUAAAAAAUUAUGAAAAUUAA